GACGUCUCCCUAAAGGACCAAUGAACGGAGGGGUGGGCGGGUCGUAGCUGUGCCCGGCUUCCGGUUCCGGCGCGCGGCCCCCUGUGCGGCGGCUCCUGUGCUACGUGUCACUGGUGCUCAGGCCGACGGCGGGCAGGCGUCAUGGAUCAGGUGAUGCAGUUCGUGGAGCCGAGUCGGCAGUUCGUGAAGGACUCCAUUCGGCUGGUUAAAAGAUGCACGAAACCGGAUAGAAAAGAAUUCCAGAAGAUUGCCAUGGCAACAGCAAUAGGAUUUGCUAUAAUGGGAUUCAUCGGAUUUUUUGUGAAACUGAUCCAUAUUCCUAUUAAUAACAUCAUUGUUGGUGGCUGAAGACCUUUUUUGAAAAGUAUGUUUUGGGGAUUCGUGAACAAAUGAGGAUUUGAGAAGCUCACGGAGUAAAAAUUUGCCCGUAAA